GUGGUGUGGCUCAGCUUCACUACGUCAUGCAGGAACUGUCACCAGGGGCUUUCCAACGGGGAGUGUUUGGGAAGUUCCCAGAUUUAUACCGAUUUUUCAUUGCUGUGUGUUGAUAAUGCUAAGGUGACAUGAUUUCUAAAACUCCACCAGAACACAACUAUCGUCAACUGAAAGAAAAACUAUUCUUUUUUAACAAGGAAGCUGGAGGGAAAUGGAACACGUUCGUGAUUGUUUUGAGUUUAUUGCUUGGUGCAGAAAUCUUUGGGACAGCUUAUUUGUUUUUUCACUUCGCUAUGGAAAUCAAACAGACUCGAGAGCUGGUGAAAUCAGGAGACUACCCAUUGCGUUGUCUACAGUAUCUUGUGGAUCAAGACUUCCUGGAAAGGAAAUUGCCCAACUCCGGAGAUUCUGCCUGUGACCAGUGGCUUAGGGAAGCAGAGCACAGUAUAAAUAAGCAAUUGAAGUCAGAUAUCAGGAACACACUAUAUCGUGAACUCACAGCACAAAAUGUGUCUUUGACCCAUUUCAGAAAACCAGCCAUUCACCUCGGACCUGAUCACCUCGGAAGACAAUUCCGUGUGAAGCUAACUGGCGAGGACACAGGAGGUCAUAAGUUGCAGUGGGACAACAUAGAGGGGAUGGCAUUGCAGCAAGGGAUGAUGGGAUACGAGGAUGGCGAAAUAGUCGUUCCGCGGGAUGGCGUUUACUUCAUCUACUCGCAAGUUUACUUCCGAGUCGGUCCACGAGGCAAGGACCAGCAGAGCCAGCCCUUCCUGCAGUAUAUCUACCGGAAAACCUCUUAUCAGGACCCUAUUCUGCUCUCCAAGGCUGUGGGCACCAAGUGCUGGGACGCAGGAGCUGAGUUUGACCUGUUCUCCAGCUUCCAGGGAGCCCUGUUUCAGCUCGCACAGGGAGACCGACUUUUCUUGAAGGUGACUGACAUCAGCACUGUACGUCUCAAUAAGGAGUCCACCUAUUUCGGGGCCUUUAUGGUUUUUUAACGUGUGUGAAAUAAUAGUUGUUUUUUUUUGUUUUUUGGGGGGUGCAUAACAAGGACCAACAAGUGUAAUAAUAGUAUAUAUUAUUAUUUUGUUUAGGAUACUUAUGGAUUCAGUAAAAAAAUGUUGGUGAGAGUUAGCUGGAAAGAAGAUUCUGUUUUCAGGUUUAUAUAUUAAAAACUGUACUGGGAGAAA